CAUGAACCAAACCAAGCAAAUAUAUGAAACAUUCCUGACAACUUAAUAUAACUUUAUUUUCUGAAUGUCGUGAGAUCCUAUUACUUGAUUCGAUUUCUGGUUAGAGGCUUAAUUUUAGCAUAUAAAGGUUCACAAAACUCAUUCGACAAAUGUCUGCUAAUUAUUCAUUUCAAUAAGCUUUUUCUCACUAGAUACUGCGUACAGUUAGACUAUUUGUUCCGUCGAGUAGACUAAAAUAAGGACUACAAAUUGAAUUUAUUUUGAUGUAAUUGUUUGUUAACGGGGUUUAAUUGUUAUCAUUAAACUUAUGGUCUUAGUUAUCAGUCUAUUUUCUAUUAUUUUUAAAAAUAGUGACGUGAAUCUAUCACCAAAGCAAAUGCUCCGCUGUAUUGAUUUUUAUUUAUUGUGGCUCGUAAUGUUCUGCAACAUUAUUCCUAUUACAACAAUCACUUCAACUUAUAAGCAAUUCGGUCAAAAGCACAUUUCAGACGACAGAUUUUUGUCAGCCAUAGUAACUAUUUCAUCUUUAUUUAAUUGCGCUGGUCGUGUGAUGUGGGGUUCGAUUGCUGACCGAUUUUCGUUUAAAGUGCCACUAUGUGUAAAACUCACUAUUUGGUCUGUCGUUCUGAUAACAUUCCCACAUUUGUCAUUAUUUUCGGAAACAGUAAUUAAAAUAUUAUUUCCUAUUUGGGUAUUCGUCUUAUUUACCUUAUUCUGCGGAACACUCGUCCUCAUUCCAAAUGCAACUGGCACAGUUUUUGGGCCAGUCAAUUUAGCUGUGAAUUAUGGUUUAAUAUUCCUAGCAUUUUCGUUUGGAAGUUUUGCAUGCGCAAUUUUCACAACAUUCUUAACCCCAGAUGGUGCUUAUGUAUUCCAAUACACUGCCUGUGGAGCCGUUUGUCUAUUGGCACUGUUUAUCACAUUAUGGAUCGAGGAUAGAAAAACACCAGAGAAAUGUCAACUAUGUGGAUGUUUCGUUCGAUGCUGUUUAAAAUUGCGAGUAAAACAACCACUAAGUAGUCCACAUGAAUUACAAGCGCUUAGAUCUUAACAUGAACGGUCGGUUUUAUGAUAUUUAAUAUCUGCAGCUCGAAUAUAUAUAUAUAUAUAUAUAUAUAUAUAUAUAUAUAUAUAUAUAUA